GUCUGAAAGCCUGCUUGCUGGGGCAGGCUCUUCUUUGCAUUCUUAUCUCUAGUCCUCCAACGCCCCAGACAGACCCUCUCUUUCGCUCCGUGUGGAAAGAAAGAUGGCGAGCUCUCAGUGCUGCGCGAACCCACCGACGCUGAGCCCCGGCAGCGGCCAAGGCUGCGUGGUGGACGAUCUCGGGGGCCUCAAGGCCUACACCGCCGGCUCCCCCGAUUCCAAGAUCGCCAUCAUUCUCGCCUCCGACGUCUAUGGGUUUGAAGCUCCAAAUCUGAGGAAAAUUGCAGACAAAAUUGCAGGUUCAGGUUUCUUUGUGGUGGUUCCAGAUUUCUUUUAUGGGGAGCCUUACGCACCUAACAAUGCUGAGAGGCCGUUGCCUAUCUGGAUACAAUCUCAUACUACAGCUAAAGGAUUUGAAGAUGCAAAAUCAGUUAUUGCAGCUUUAAAAAGUAAGGGCAUUUCUGCAGUUGGGGCUGCAGGCUUCUGCUGGGGUGCCAAAGUGGCUGUGGAAUUGGCGAAAGCUGAUGAGAUCCAAGCUGCAGUGCUCUUACAUCCUUCAUUUGUAUCUGUCGAUGAUAUCAAAGAGGUUAAAUGCCCCAUUGCUAUACUUGGAGCUGAGUCAGACCAUCUUUCUCCACCUCAAUUAGUGAAGCAGUUUGAGCAGAUUUUAUCUGCCAAAAAGAGGGUUAGUUACUUUGUAAAGAUAUUUCCAGGGGUGGCUCAUGGAUGGUCUGUCAGAUACAAGACGGAUGAUGCAUCCGCUGUUAGAAGUGCUGAAGAGGCUCAUCAAGACACGCUUGACUGGUUUGCUAAGCAUGUCAGGUAAUCUUCAAAACAGUGCAUGUCCUGCACUUCAGUAGAUUUUAUCAAUCACCACUCCAUGGACUUGUUGGACUAGUAUGAAUUGAACCAGACUUCAGGAUUUCCGAUGUUGCUUAAAGCAUGUACAAGGGGUUUCAAUAUUUAUGACAAAGACUCAGCUUUUCCCAUUUGCAAUUCCAAUUACUAAUUGCAUAAAUUAAUAUCAUGGUCUGCAUUUUAAUA